AUGAUAUGGCAACAUGACUUUUUACUGACGCCGAAGAAAUUCAAGGCGUCAAGCUCCGAGGGGAAGUUAUUGGAAAAGGGAGACACUAUUACAGGUUCUUAUUUCGCAGACCAAAUAAAAAGAUUACGAGAGGCUAUGAAACUCAAAAGACGUGGCACAUUACGGGCUGGAGUGUUUCACCAAGACGUGGCAGUUACCGAAACUGCGGAUUUGUGUUUCAUUGGCUGCCAGUCGCGUAAUGGGAUUGGAAUUGGUCGGACACCCCCACUUUUCUCCAGAUCGAUCCCCCAGCAACUUGUAUCGCUUUCUUCGGCUCAAGGGAACAUCUCUGGUGCAAGAAUUUUGAAGACGAUAGUGGACAUAGCAUAA